UGGCUCCGGGUGCCCUCAGUCGCCGCCAUUAGGAACCCGCAGCGCCCGAGGCCGUCCCCCUCCUCUCUCCCCCCUCCCCCCGGCGCCCCCCGCCUCCGCGCCUCCUCUCCGCCCCUCUGCCCCCGCCUCCGGCAGCCGGGAGCCGCGCGCGGGCCCGCGGAGACCAUGUCCUGACUGAGGGGUGAGGGCGGAGGCGGCGCGGAGGGAGGCGGAGAGGGGCCGGGCUCGGCCCGUCGCUGCGGGUUGUUUGGAGAGUCGCCGCCGCCGCCGCCGCCGCCGGGCGCCGAGCGUCGGACGGGGAGGAGGAGCCGCCGCUGCCGCCAGGAAUAGCUAUUCACAGUCAUACAGACCAUUUAUCACGUUUUGCAGUAUCACCUGAGGAAGUCAGAAUCGAGCCAGCAUGAAGACUGAGUCUUGUCUUUGGUCUGAUUUAUAAACCGUACUUUUAUACUAACCAUGUGCAAGGUGGAGGUUAUAGCAAGGAAACUAAAAUCUUACUUCCUGCCUGACAUAACUCACUUCAAGAAGUGCACAAUGUCAGAACGUGGAAUUAAGUGGGCUUGUGAAUAUUGUACGUAUGAAAAUUGGCCAUCUGCAAUCAAGUGUACUAUGUGUCGUGCCCAAAGACCUAGUGGAACAAUUAUUACAGAAGAUCCAUUUAAAAGCGGUUCAAGUGAUGUUGGUAGAGAUUGGGAUCCUUCCAGCACGGAAGGUGGCAGUAGUCCUUUGAUAUGUCCAGACUCUAGUGCAAGACCAAGGGUUAAGUCUUCAUACAGCGUGGAAAAUGCAAAUAAAUGGUCAUGCCACAUGUGCACAUAUUUGAACUGGCCAAGGGCAAUCAGAUGUACCCAGUGCUUAUCCCAGCGUAGGACCAGGAGUCCCACGGAAUCUCCUCAGUCCUCAGGAUCUGGCUCAAGACCAGUUGCUUUUUCUGUUGAUCCUUGUGAGGAAUACAAUGAUAGAAAUAAACUGAACACAAGGACCCAGCAUUGGACUUGUUCUAUUUGCACAUAUGAAAACUGGGCCAAGGCUAAAAAAUGUGUUGUUUGUGAUCAUCCCAGACCUAAUAACAUUGAAGCAAUUGAGUUGGCAGACACUGAAGAGGCUUCUUCAAUAAUAAAUGAGCAAGACAGAGCUCGAUGGAGGGGGAGUUGCAGUAGUGGUAACAGCCAGAGAAGAUCACCUCCUGCUACAAAACGGGAUUCUGAAAUGAAAAUGGAUUUUCAGAGAAUUGAAUUGGCUGGUGCUGUUGGCAGCAAGGAAGAACUCGAAGUAGACUUCAAAAAACUAAAACAAAUUAAAAACAGGAUGAAAAAGACAGAUUGGCUAUUUCUCAAUGCUUGUGUGGGGGUUGUAGAAGGUGAUUUAGCUGCUAUAGAAGCAUACAAGUCAUCAGGAGGAGAUAUUGCACGCCAGCUCACUGCAGAUGAAGUACGCUUGCUGAACCGUCCCUCUGCUUUUGAUGUUGGCUAUACACUUGUACACCUGGCUAUACGCUUUCAGAGGCAGGAUAUGUUAGCAGUAUUGCUUACAGAGGUGUCUCAACAAGCCGCAAAGUGUAUUCCAGCAAUGGUGUGUCCUGAACUGACAGAACAAAUUCGGCGAGAAAUAGCUGCCUCUCUUCAUCAGAGAAAGGGAGAUUUUGCUUGCUAUUUUCUAACUGACCUUGUGACAUUUACAUUGCCAGCAGAUAUUGAGGACUUGUCCUCAACAGUCCAAGAAAAGUUAUUUGAUGAGGUGCUUGAUAGAGAUGUUCAGAAAGAGUUAGAAGAAGAAUCUCCAAUUAUAAACUGGUCCUUGGAAUUGGCUACACGUUUGGACAGUAGACUUUAUGCACUUUGGAAUCGGACUGCAGGAGACUGCUUACUUGAUUCAGUACUACAAGCUACCUGGGGCAUUUAUGACAAGGACUCAGUGCUUCGGAAAGCCCUUCACGACAGCCUACAUGACUGUUCACAUUGGUUUUAUACACGCUGGAAAGAUUGGGAGUCAUGGUAUUCUCAGAGCUUUGGUUUACAUUUUUCCUUGAGAGAAGAACAGUGGCAAGAAGACUGGGCAUUUAUACUCUCUCUUGCUAGUCAGCCUGGAGCAAGUUUGGAACAGACACACAUUUUUGUACUUGCACAUAUUCUUAGACGACCAAUUAUAGUUUAUGGAGUAAAAUACUAUAAGAGUUUCCGGGGAGAAACUUUAGGAUAUACCCGGUUUCAAGGUGUUUAUUUACCUUUGUUGUGGGAACAGAGUUUUUGUUGGAAAAGUCCGAUUGCUCUGGGUUAUACAAGGGGCCACUUCUCUGCUUUGGUUGCCAUGGAAAAUGAUGGCUAUGGCAACCGAGGUGCUGGUGCUAACCUGAACACAGAUGAUGAUGUCACCAUCACAUUUUUGCCUCUGGUCGACAGUGAAAGGAAGUUACUUCAUGUGCACUUUCUUUCUGCUCAGGAGCUAGGUAAUGAGGAACAGCAAGAAAAACUGCUCAGGGAGUGGCUGGACUGCUGUGUGACUGAGGGGGGAGUUCUUGUUGCCAUGCAGAAAAGCUCUCGUCGGCGAAAUCACCCCUUGGUCACACAAAUGGUAGAAAAGUGGCUUGACCGCUACCGACAGAUCCGGCCUUGUACAUCCCUGUCUGAUGGAGAAGAAGAUGAAGAUGAAGAAGAUGAAUGAAACAAAUCCAAGAGCAGAAGACCAAGGCACUGAAUCUGUGAUGACCCUGAAGUUAUUUUAGUGUGGUGCUCCAAGCAGAGUGUUACGGAAUGGAAUGAACCAAAUGGGCAGGAUCUACUGGGAAGUGUUUUUCUGAUCCACACCCACUAUGGAUCAUGCACCUGCUGUGUGAGGAGACAGAGAACUUUGGUUGGACUGCAGUUUGUAAAAAAAACUAAUUUUAUUAAGACAACUUUUUUUCCUUUCAAAUUGUAAAUCUGUCUAUAAAUGUUAACGCAUGUGGUUGUUAAGAAAUUGUGUAAUAGGAAAAGUUGUACCAGCAUCUUCAUAUUAAGAAUUUUUUUUUUCCAGCAUGGGCACUUAUAAAAGCACAUGGUAGAUGACUGUUUCUUUGAGAUAACCUUUUUUUUCCCCAGUAGAACCUGGCAUUCUACUUCACCGUAAAAGAUCCAUUUUACAUUAAGUCUCACUAGAGCUCAUUAGACAGUUGAAAUUUUUUUGUACAAACUACCCACAGUAAAACAAAAAUAAACAAGCUUUUAUUUUAUUAAUAAUUUAGUUCCUAUUGUGCCCCCCAAAAUAAAAUCAAAUCUUUAAGGAACAAACUGCAAGAAAAGCUAAGAAUUUUUUAUUGAAUGAAUUCCAUGGAGACAUUGUUCCCUUGUUAAGUUUUCUGAUACACCCCUUUACAGUAUUUAGGUAUUUAUUUGUUUGGAAGAGUGACUUAAAUGCGGGCUCCUAUUCCAGAUUCUUGGCAAAGGUCUGUUCAUGAAUAAAGUUAUUCCCUGGAUGUAAGUUAGGGAAGCACUUGGGGAGUAGGCCCACUGGUAACUAAAUGAACUCUGUGAAAUUUGUUCACUUGGACUUGAUUAAAAUUGCCAUUGCAGAGGAACUUCAGAUUCUCACUAUCUUAUCAUCCACUCUGCUCUGGGCAUGCCUUUGCUUAGGCUAGUGGGAAUACCAUUUCAGUGCAGAAUGGAGAUUUUCGAAACUGCAGUAAGGUAGUUUAAAUACAUUGUAUAAUGAAUUUCUCAGUGUGUGGUCUGAGAAUUUUUGCAUGUUGGUUAAUUGUGGCUAUUCUUACUUUAAAACUAUAAUCUUAAGUAAACAAAUUUUUUUAUAAGAAGUAUUAUUUGAUCACUUCAGGUAUGCAUUCAGUACUGGUAAAAAUUUCAAACCUAUCUCAGGAACACAAAAAGACUUAGUGUCCUGACAAGCACUUUGUAGACUAUUGAUGUGGCAAGAGAUUUGGAAAAAAGCCCCAUAUAUAUGUGUGUGUGAGUAUAUACACAGCCCCCCCUCCUUUUGAUGAAAAGGCCGUGAAAAUCUUGAAAUAUUUGAUUCUUGUUCUUUCCUAAAUUCUGCCUGUGUGGUAUUCAAAUAUGCACAACCUCAAAUAUGAUGCCAGAAUACUGACAAUAGAAAAAUGCCCAUGAGCUAUUAGGUCUUCAGUACUUUCUGCCUUCUCUAAGUAGGUAGUAAAGGGUAUUCCCAGGAUGAAAGGACCAUUUUUGCUAUAUGCUAAAACUUGCAGAAAAAAUUUAUUUUUGCAGUAUGAUUCCGUAUAAAUGAACUUUCAUGUUAUAAUGGUAAAUUUUACUGUUCCGAGUGGUUACUGGGUUUUUUUUACGAAUUGACUCUAUACGGUUUGCUUUCAUUUUUGUCAAUGAUUAAUCACGUUUUUAGAAGGCUUUCAUUCUGACUACUUAGCACAGCAUCGAUAGUAACCUUUCUCCAUAUUUAGGAAUAAUUCUUUAGUGGCAGAGAUCCUGUUUUAGUUGCCUCUUAAGAAGCCAAAGAGAAAUGUUUGAGGGAAAAGCAUCUUGUCACUAUAGUCUGUCUACACUGCAGUUGAAGCUGUCCAGAAAAUUAUGGGCGCAGCAUUUCACCUCUGUGUCUUGUGGUCUGGUGAGUUUGCUUCCCUGAGUUGCCCCUUUAUUUAUUUAUUUAUGAUGGGUGACCCUGACCACGUCUAAUUUGACACGUUCAGCGUUCUUCCCUGUGGGAAAGAAUUUCCUAGGCCCCAGACGCCCGCCAACAGAGAUAGGGCUUAGUAUGGUCUUCACGGCAGAUGGGCUGUUUUGGGUAAAUCACUGUUAAGCUCUUGAACUGUUAAACAGCCAUAAUUACUGUCCCAAGAUAAGAGCUUGCAGUCCCUUCUCAAAGAUCUCUUGUGGCUGGAUGAGAGGGCACAAAUGUCUUGGUUGACUCUCGAGAUUAAUACCUCAGCUCUUUGGGCUUUAUGGACUUAAAACUAUAGGACAGAUUCCUUAACAAACAGUGUGGUGUUUGUUUUGUGUUCUGACCUGUUUUUCCUGGGAGUUUAUAUAUAAAAAUCAUUUCCAUUGGACUAUGAGGGAAACUGAGACCUAAUUAAACAAAACCCAGGUGCACCGUGGAUUUGGAGCUGCCUUUUUAUGUCCUGGGGUCAUUGUGUCCCAGCCUGUUUUAGCGAAGGUAACAUCAUUGCUGUUCAGAUGGUGGGGCAGAUGAUGAGGAUGAUGUUGAACUAUUCUGCCCCCCACCUCCCUGCUCCAGCUCUCUGUGAAGUUGUUAUGUAAAUUUUGGGGGGGGGCAGAAUUGGGAUGGGCCACCACCUCAAAAUGAGGAGACAGGGUCAGCCAGGUUAAUGCUUUAAAAUGCUGAUUGGAUUUUUUUUUUUUAAAGGGAGUAUAUGGUACGUGAAAUUCCUGGACUUAAGACACUUGUAGCCACCAUUAGUAUAAAGGAUUUAAUGCUAUUUAAAAAAAGGAAUAUCCACUAAAAAACAUCAACUUUUAAAGUUCUUAACCUAUGGAAAUGGCUGGUGUUAAUUAUUUUGGAACACUUCUUUGUAAACAUAUUGUUAGGUUACUGGCCAAAAAAGGUUUGAGAUUUAUCUCCUUCCUUCCUGCAUUGAUGCUUGAGCAGGUAAUUUUGCUUUUGGGCAAAUUAAAAUGAAACUUGACCAAC